AUGGUCGAACUUAUCAGUCCUCCCAAACCUCGAGAUCUCCUCCCUCCUCUUUUGGCUUGUCUCCCCACAGCCUUUGUUUCUCCCCGUCCGCCACCUGCACUCCUCCCACUCCUCUCUCCAAUCCUUCGCCAACGCGUCAAGAUCCUGAGCGAGGUUUCUGUAUCAUCCAACGAUAAAUGGAUCCAACUAUUAUGUUGGUCAUCUGAGAAGGGCGAUCGUCUACAACAUAUAAUUGGCAACACCACCUUCGAACCGCAUCCUGUCUCCGGCGAGAUCGAGUUGCCAGAUGACAUCCCUGUAACAUAUAAGCGAAUCGACGACGAAACCCUCCGUGCACAGGUCAUACUACAAGACUACCAAUUGUCUGUGCUCUACCUAUGGUGUCCCGAAGAUGACCAAGGCGAUGGUCGAGGCUGGCGAGUAGCGGAACUUCUUCCGCGUGAGACUCCCGCCGCGGACGAACACACCUGGUCGUCUUCGAUCGGUGAAGCAAAUGUUCAGGCUCGGGAGAAACUGUUCUCCGAUGUAUUGGACUCACCAAACCAGACUAGUGGUGCGGGUCAGCAGGAGGAGGAAGAAGAAGACGAUGACGCUGAUUACUGGGCGCGUUACGAUUCAACUCCCGGCCCUGGACGUACACCGGGACCAAAGACCCCUGCCAUGGGUGGAGAUUCAUUCCCCAAUGCCCCGGUCAGCCUGACCGAGGACUCAUACUUCUCUCAAUACGGCGAUGUUCAGCCAGCUAUGGAUAGCCAUGAUCCCGAAGAACAAACGGAGGAAGUUGGACCCACCUCGCUAAAUGGCGAUAUUCUUUCGAACCUGCUUCGCAGACAAGUAAAUAGUGAUCAAGAGGAGCAGGCCCGUACCAAUGGGUAUGCGGCAGCUGAUGUUCCUCGUCACGAGGCCGGCAGAUCGCUCAGUCACCCGCGACCUGCGUCUGGGUCAAUCUCAUCGAACCACUCUGAAACCUCAGAUACAGUGGCCAGAUUGGAGAUGGAGGCAGCCUCCCAGUCUACUUAUGAAGUUGGAGUGUCGCAGCAUAUUGGAGCCAGUAUCAAGAGCCUGUUCCGGUUGGCCAAGGCCACGGGCAUGAGCCGAGCUGAGUUUCAAUCUAUGGUGCAGACCGAGUUGGAGUUGCUUAAUUUAUCGGAUGAGGAUGAUUGA